AAGGAGGAGCUGCAGGUUUGUGUUUUGCUCACUAUAUUAGACCCAGAUUUCAUUCAAUUGUCCUUCAAUUUAGUGAAGCCAGUUGUGAUGUGAUAGUGAGCUGUUUGUUUUUGUUCAGGAAAGGACAAUGUGGAAUAUUUUCCUGCAAGCAACCUGACCACAGACACAAGGAUGUCUUGGCCUGUUCUGUACGCUCAGGUAGUCGGGGCCAACCGUCACUCCACCAGCCUGGGUAAAGUCUGGCUCUCUGUGUUGUUUAUUUUCCGGGUCAUGGUGCUGGUUGUUGCUGCUGAGAGCGUCUGGGGGGACGAGCAGUCUGACUUCACCUGUAACACACUACAGCCGGGCUGUGAAAACGUCUGCUAUGAUCAGUUCUUCCCUGUCUCCCACAUCCGUCUAUGGUGUCUUCAGCUUGUCUUUGUUUCCACACCGACACUCCUGGUUGCAAUGUAUGUGGCCUAUCGGAACCACAUCGAUAAGAAGAGGCUCCUGCAGGGUUUUGGUAGAGCUGGUUUCCGUAGCAACAAAGACCACGAGGAAGAUUUGGAGACUCUGAAGACCCGGAGACUCCCUAUAACUGGCGCCCUCUGGUGGACGUAUGCCUGCAGCCUGGUGUUCAGGCUACUGUUUGAAGGAAGCUUUAUGUAUGCUCUAUACGUGGUAUACGAUGGCUUUCAGAUGCCACGGCUGGUGCAGUGUGACCAGUGGCCGUGUCCAAACCUGGUGGACUGCUUCAUCUCACGCCCCACCGAGAAAACCAUCUUCACUGUUUUCAUGGCCACUGCCUCCUCUAUCUGCAUGGUCCUUAACCUGGCUGAACUCGCAUAUCUUGUUGCCAAGGCUGUCACUAGGUAUAGGCUUUAAUCAGUCAGACAGUCAGGAUUCUCAGAGGUCAGAAGGAGAGGAAAACGUACAGACAAUCCAGCAGAGGGAGGAUGCAGAAUAAGACAAACCAGAAGUUACUUGUCUCAACCUAAGGACGCAGCAACAAGGUGGACAAUACAUGCAGAAGAAACACUUUCCAAAGACUUGAAACCUGAAUAAUUACAAGUGGCACACCUGUGAAUGACACAAAACAUGUUCAAAUACAACUCAAAAAGUUUUUCUAUGAUACCUAAUGUGUUAAAAAGUAACAUUCACAUGGGGGGAGAAGAUGAAAUCGGUGUCAACAACUCAAAACUAAAUUUCUAACAUGAUAUUUUCAAAGAUUGUAUUGACAAUACUUCAGUUCACUGAAUAUAAAUGCACCCACCAAUUCCUACUUUAUCUACCAAUACAGUUUCAUUGCAAUUUUGUGUUAGUCUAAUAGUUUGAGUUAAUAAUUACAUGAUAAUAAUAAUAUCAAUAAUACAAGUAAUAAUGCUCUUGUUUGUAAAAACUAAAUUUACUAACUCUGUGACAGCUUUGUUGCAAAUAACUUGGAGGUACAAUCUGAAACAUACACUUGCAUCACUCAUACAGUCAGAAACCUACAAUACAUAAACCACGUGAUUCAUCAAGGCAUCAAAACGUUAUACUGUUUUGACAAAAGCCAAAGGAAAGAAAUGGAGUGAACAGAGUAACAUCAUAUCAUUUUUAUUUACAACUGAUGCAUCAAGUGAUUUAGUGUAUGAACCUCUGUUGACCUCUGCUGGUAGCCAAUAGUUACUGCACCUCUUUCACAGGUCAAGUCCCCCCCCCACUCUGAGGGACAGACACUCACACAAUACAAAAUUACAGACACGGUGCGAGGAGAACAUUACAAGUAACCAUAAAGUCUCUUUAUGCAAGACAUGCUAACUUUAAUGCUAAGCAAACUCUUCAUCAUAUCUAUUUUGUUUGUAUUCCUUUAAUGCCAUCUUUUUGUUCAUUUUCAUAAUUUUGACCAAAAUUGCAUAUUUCUGGUACAACGAUAUUGGGCCUCUGCUAAUUAUGAGGUAUUUCUAAUCCAACUACUGCUGUUAUGUCUGUCAGUAGAACUAGGCUCUAUAGAAGAACUAGGCUACUAAUAUCUUUGCCACUUAUAGCCUACAACUAUAGCAGUAAUGAGGCUAAUAGGCCUACUAAUCUUUAAAUAAAAAAACAUGUAUUCUCA